CACCGAUGGAGAGCUCGCUCGUGCUCCUCGGGCUGCUCCUGCUGCUCGUCCUCAUCUCGCUGGCGCUGGACGCGACCCAAUGCACGCUCCUCUCCAAGAGCGGUAUGGCGCUGCUCGUCGGCGUGCUCUGCGGCCUUGCGAUCGCAACGGACCCGGCCUUGUACCAGCGGCUCGGCUUCCAGUACACCAUCUUUUUUGACGUGCUGCUGCCGCCCAUCAUUUACGAGGCGGGCUUCUCGGUGCAGCGCCUCGCCUUCUUUCAGAACGUCGGCGCCAUCCUCCUCACGGCGAUUCUCGGCACGCUCAUCUCGGCCGGCGUCAUAGGCCUCGGGCUCUACCUCGCUGGUCACGCCGGCGCCGGGCCGCAGCUCGAGUGGGUCGAAGCCUGUCUCUUUGGCGCACUCAUUUCCGCGGUCGAUCCUGUCGCGACGCUAGCGUGCUUUAGCAAGCUGCACGUGCCACCGCUCCUCUUCAACAUUGUGUUUGGCGAAAGCGUCCUGAACGACGCCGUCGCAAUCGCGCUCUACCAGUCGCUUCUCGCGUACGAGUCGUCCCGCUCGGUCUCACUUGGCGUGCUGCUCCAAGUGCUUCUCCAAACGUUUAGCAUCUUGCUCGGGUCCAUUGGCAUCUCGAUCGCGCUGCUGCUCAGCGGCGCCUACGGCUUUGCCCGCGUGCGCCACCUCCGACACUACCCCGUGUACGAGGUGCUCGUGUGUUUUCUGCUGGCUUUUCUGACCUACUUUGCCGCCGAUGCGUGCCAUCUCAGCGGCAUUGUCGCGCUCUUCUUCUCUGGGAUGCUCACCGCCCACUACAUGUACCCGGUCAUGUCGCCGCCAGGCCAAACGUUCUUUCACCACGCGCUCGAAGCUGCGGCGUUCGUCGCCGAGAGCCUCGUGUACGUAUGCAUGGGCGUCUCGGCCAGCCUCUGCUUUGUCCAAGUCGCCGACGCCGACAAGAUCCAUUACACCGACUUGGACUGGCGAUUCGUCGCGUGGACGUGUGUGAUGCUCCUCCUCGGGCGGGCCCUCAACACGUUCCCGCUCCUGCGCUGGGUCAACACCUACCGCGUGCCCUCGGUGCAGAUCACGCGCCCGAUGCUGCUUGUCAUUUGGUUCACGGGCCUCCGCGGCGCCGUCUCGUUUGCGCUCGUCACCACGUGGUCGUAUACCGAUGCGAAUGGCACGUCGCACCGCAAGCUCAUGAUGACGACAACGCUCUUUGUGGUCAUGUCGACCACGUGGCUGAUUGGCGGUAUGACGGGUCCGCUCCUCCGAGCACUUAACCUCUCCCAGCGCCCGACGCCACCAGCUCUCUCGUCGGACCGACUCGCGGUUUUGCCCGAAUGCGACCACGAGACGGCGAAGCCGGUGCCGGUGCGCCACCGGUCGGUAAGCCAAGAGAGCUUGCGUAUCGACGAGAGCGAGCGUCCGAGCGAAGCCGCGGCCGAUGACGUAACCCACCAGAGUCGGCUGCACGCCCGCUUUGCCCGUAUGAUCGAGUGCUGGCAUGCGUUUGAUCAACAGCAUUUGAUGCCCGUGUUUGGCGCUGCAUCGACGCGAGUGUCAGUGCACCGGCGACACCAAGAAGCAAGAAGUACAGCUUCGGUGGACGUCCAUCUCGAAGCCACCGAGCCGACGACCAUGCUCACAAGCGCCAACAGCUAAUGCAGCUGCCACGACCAUCGUGUGAAGAAGCAACAGAAGCAUGUCGGUACCUGUCUCCUUCCCUUGACUCGACAUUGAUAUAGUCGAAUAACGACUAGACCAAACGACUAGUUUGUCUGCAUAGAGAUACGAGUAUUUGGGUUAUACGAUGGUAUCCUGAUGACUCGAACGA